GGCUCAGAAUAGCAUUGCUCCCGCCCUUAUCCACUCCAUGUGUUAUGCCCACGCUUUCUGCUCAGUUCGCUUUCAGGGCUGGGCUGCAGAAGGUGUGAUGGUGUAUCGGCUUCUCCGUGUUACACCUAUCCGACUGGGAAGAAAAAGGGAGGGACAAAAGGAGCGAACAGUAGCAGUGGGCGCAUCGACCGUCCUUGAUUAAUUUGAUGCCGGCGAACAAUCCAUAACUUGUAAGCAGGAGAGUUGGGAAUGGGAGGAGGAGGAGGAAGAGGCAUAAAACACGAAGGCGGUAGAAAAAGGCUGUAGGGUUUAUUAGUUGUUAAGUAGAAAAUCCACGCCUGCAUCUUAGUCCGGUGGAGUCCGAGGAAUCACGCUACUCCGGAGGAAUGGCGAAGCGAAAACACGUGAACUAAAGGGAGAGCUUUUUGACAGCCAGUCACAGCCGCGAUCUUUCCUGUCAGAGGCGAAAUGAUUCCUCCGGGUAACAAGACUGAAGUCAGCCUUGAGAGGGUGGAGAACGAGAACGACAUUCAGCCCCCACCUCCUGCCUCUACCACCAGCCAGGAAUCAAAGGUAUCUCGAACGUCUGGGCUCCAGAAAUUGAAACGAUCACUUUCUUUCAAGACCAAAAGUUUGAGGAGUAAAAGUGCAGACAACUUUUUUCAACAAACAAAUUGUGGCACGAAGUUGCAAGUAGAUUUGCUAUCAGAAAUCACCUCUAAAACAAGACAGAUCCCUAAUUUGGAAAGUCAAAACUCCACUCCAACCAAAACCCAUCUCCAACCAGAAGAUAAGACUCACAUUUUUCAGGAACAUAUUUUCAAAAAACCCACAUUCUGUGAUGUCUGCAACCAUAUGAUUGUUGGGACAAAUGCUAAACAUGGAUUACGCUGUAAGGCAUGCAAACUGAGUAUUCACCACAAAUGUGCAGAAAACACUGGACAGCAACGGUGCAUGGGGAAAUUGCCCAAAGGUUUCUGCCGUUACUACAGCAGUCCCCUUCUCAUUCAGGAGCAGUUUGGCUGCAUCAAAGAAGUCAUGCCAAUUGCCUGUGGCAAUAAAGUUGACCCUGUGUAUGAAACACUUCGCUUUGGAACUUCGUUGGCCCAGAAAACCAAGAAAAGCAGUAUUGGAAGUAGCUCGGACUCUCCCAAAAGAAAUUCUACAUCAGAUUUGGCAGAAGUUCCCAAAGAAAAAGGCAGCCUAGGAAAUAUGUUUGGCCUAAAUAGGCAACGCAGCAAUAGUGUAUUUACAUAUUCAGUAAACAGUAUGUCAGAUUUUGGAGAACCAAAGAAAAUUAACUCUGCACUACAGGGAUCUCUUAAUAAAGAUACAAUACAGAUGAAUACCUAUGUGGCCUUGUACAAAUUUGUACCACAGGAGCAUGAAGAUUUGGAAAUGAGGCCAGGAGAUAGAAUUAUACUUCUAGAGGAUUCAAAUGAAGAUUGGUGGAAGGGAAAAAUAAAAGAUCGAAUUGGUUUUUUUCCUGCUAAUUUUGUUCAAAGAUUACAAGAUGAAAAUGUUUUCAAAUGUAUCAGAACCUUUAUUGGAUGCAAGGAACAAGGGCAGAUAACUCUAAAAGAGAAUCAAAUCUGCAUAACUUCAGAAAAGGAACAUGACGGGUUUAUCAAAGUAUGCAGUGGGAAAAAAAAGGGCUUUGUCCCAGUAGACGUCUUAGAAAACAUCUGAAAUUUGCCCACACAGCAACUGCAGUACAGUAGCAAAGCUUUGCCAGGAAGACCUGUCUGCUUCAUUUUGCACUGUGUCUACCCAAACAAGCUGUCAUGGAGAUGGCUAGGGGAAUCAGAGACAACCACAAAGACCAACUGCUAUCAAGCAUUUAGUUGCUUUGAAGCAACAAACAGUGAUCAAUAACAAAAUGUAAAUGUAUUAUUAGAGAAAGAACCAAAUAAAGGUGGUAUGAAUCUUAGGGGAGGGGUGGGCUGCUUUUUUAGACUAGUAAAAAAUUAAACUUGAUGGUGGGUUUUGUUUUCUUUUGUUUCAUUUUUUUUCCUGAGCAAAGCUACUUCCCGUGUUUCUCUGA